AUGCAGUUCACAACAGCAGCUCUUGCCGUGUUGGCUGGUGUCGCCUCGGCACAAAAGGUCCAGGUUGUCACAGUCUCCACUGCCAACAACUCCCUCGUGUACACGCCCGACAACAUCAAGGCCAGCGCGGGCGAGAUGGUGCAGUUCCAGUUUGUGGCGGGCAACCACACCGUGACACAGUCUACAUUCGACCAGCCUUGCACGCCUAUCAACAGCAUCAUGAGCAAUGUCACAGGCUUCCACUCGGGCUACCAACCUGCCGCCGCGUCCAAGCAGACGGGUAUGAUCCCCACAUACAGCAUCAUGAUCAACGACACCAAGCCACUUUGGGUGUACUGCGCCCAGGGAAAGCACUGCCAGAGCGGCAUGGUCAUGGUCAUCAAUGAGAACACGGCUGCCAACGCUACUCGCUCUUUGACAGAGUUCAAGGCCCUCGCCGCCAAGGCAACAUCGAACACUGCUCCCUCCAGUGGCUCCACCACUGGCGGUUCUACCGGCACCGGCACCGGCACUGGUACUGAGUCCGGUUCCUCCGCAUCACCCUCGACCUCGACUCCCGCGACUGCCGCAGGCUCCAUGGUCAAGGUCGGCGGCAGCCUCGGUCUUGCUGUCUUUGCUGCGGUCUUCAUGCUGUAA